AUGUCAGACGAGAAGUCCAAGCUUGCCGAGGCAGAGGGCCUCAAAAAGCUCGCUUUCUUUGGCAUCGCCAUCUCCACUGUAGCCACACUUACUGCCAUCGUUGCUGUCCCUAUGCUUUACAACUAUAUGCAACAUGUGCAGUCUUCCCUUCAAAACGAGGUGGAUUUCUGCCGUCAUCGCACUGAUGGUCUUUGGGAUGAAUUCCACAGGUUCGAGUCGAUGAAGGGAGUUGACAGCCGUAUCAAGAGACACACAUGGCAGGCACACUUCAAAGUCCCAGCUCGUGCUCGCGCUGCCGGUACUGGCACUUACUCCGAGGGAAGCACCGGAGGCGGCGGCGGCGGUGGCGGCGCAUGCUGCUCAUGCGGUGUUGGAGCAGCUGGACCCCCUGGUCCUCCUGGAACCGAUGGAAAUCCUGGAAGAGACGGCAGUCCUGGAAACCCGGGAUCAGCUGGAGCCGAUGCCUCUGCAGGAGCUGCACCUACCGCUGCUGAUUUCUGCUUCGACUGCCCACCAGGACCAGCUGGGCCAGCCGGAAACCCCGGGCCGCCAGGACCAAAUGGAGCACCUGGAGCUCCAGGACACAGCCCACAAGCGGGAGGAGUUGGACCACCAGGACCACCCGGACCACCUGGAGCUCCCGGACAAGAUGGAACACCAGGAGCUCCAGGAAAUCCAGGAGCACCCGGAGGUGUUAUCGACGUUCCCGGAUCACCCGGACCUGCUGGACCACCUGGACCAGCUGGACCACCUGGGGCCCCUGGAAGCCCUGGAGCCCCCGGAUUCUCACAGCCCGGACCCCCAGGACCCCCAGGAGAUCCAGGACCAGAUGGAGCCCCUGGAAGCCCCGGAGCAACAGGAAGUGCAGGAGAAGCUGGAGCCAACGGAAGCGGUGGCGGCUGCGACCACUGCCCACCACCAAGAACAGCUCCCGGCUAUUAA